GAAAGGGAAAAAUAAAUACUAACGAAAUGUGUAAAAUAAAUUUAACAAGGCAUUUACCAAAUUAUGAAAUCGGAAUAAAGCUUGGUUCCUCUACAUGACACAUGGCAAAACAUGAUUGGCCCCAGGAACGAUUUUAUCUAACAAGCAAGAUAGAGAUGAGAUUAGGAGACAAGGAGCAAUGUCGAUUUCUUCGUUGGGGUCUGCAAUCUCAAGGCCAACUUCUUCAUCAUCUUCAUAUACGUACUUAGUAAGCUCUUCUCGCAUCUUUGGCCUCGCUACGUCUUCUUUGUUAUGGACAAAGAACAAACCUCACCACACAAACACAAAGCUUAAGCAGCAAAAGCCAUGUGUUAGAAAUUCAGCUCAAGAGAUUCCACAGACACUUGAGGAAGAUUCCAAGUUUGUACCUUUAGAUCCUCAAGAUCCUCGAUUCGGCCCUCCAGUUUUGCUGUUGCUUGGCCUUCAACUUCAUGAAGCACAAAAGAUACAAGAGCUUCUUAAGGAACUUGAUGGCGAAUUUAUGGAGAUUGUUUUCUGUACAGAAGAUAUGAUCCCACGCUCGUUAUGGGAAGCAGUCAACACAAAACAGCCUGACCUGAAGAGAGUGAAUGUCGCGAAGUCGCUGCCUCGGAUCUGCUUCUUAUCUGGUUUGACAGGAGAGGAGAUGAUGAUGUUCAUUGACGCAUUUCCAGAAACUGGGCUAGAACCCGUUGUGUUUGCAGCUAUGGUUCCGAACAGUGCUGAUAAACCUAUCUUUGAGUUAAUUGAAGAAAUCAUGGGAGAUCAUGAGUUAUUGACCGGGAGCGGUUCCAGCUGAAAUUUUUGAGUGAGGAAGACAACAGGACAGCUUUAAAAGUCUUCA